AUGAAGACGUCUUUGAUCAAGGCGACAGAAUCUUGUCACAAUCCCCACGUCACACACAGCCCUGUCCCCAUUGAAGAGUCACAAUCCUGCGUCACACAUAGCCCUGUCCCCAUUGAAGAGUCACAAUAUGGCGUCACAGACAGCCCUGUCCCCAUUGAAGAGUCACAAUCCCGCGUCACAGACAGCCCUGUCCCCAUUGAAGAGUCACAAUCCCGCGUCACACACAGCACUGUCCCCAUUGAAGACCCUGUCCCCAUUGAAGAGUCACAAUCCCGCGUCACAGACAGCCCUGUCCCCAUUGAAGAGUCACAAUCCUGCGUCACAGGCGUCACAGACAGCCCUGUCCCCAUUGAAGAGUCACAAUCCUGCGUCACAGGCGUCACAGACAGCCCUGUCCCCAUUGAAGAGUCACAAUCCCGCGUCACAGACAGCCCUGUCCCCAUUGAAGAGUCACAAUCCCGCGUCACACACAGCACUGUCCCCAUUGAAGAGUCACAAUCUCGCGUCACACACAGCCCUGUCCCCAUUGAAGAAGUCACAAUCCCCGCGUCACACACAGCCCUGUCCCCAUUGAAGAGUCACAAUCCCCGCGUCACACACAGCCCUGUCCCCAUUGAAGAGUCACAACCCCGCGUCACAGACAGCCCUGUCCCCAUUGAAGAGUCACAAUCCUGCGUCACAGGCGUCACAGACAGCCCUGUCCCCAUUGAAGAGUCACAAUCCUGCGUCACAGGCGUCACAGACAGCCCUGUCCCCAUUGAAGAGUCACAAUCCCGCGUCACAGACAGCCCUGUCCCCAUUGAAGAGUCACAAUCCCGCGUCACACACGGCCCUGUGCUCAUUAAGAGUCACAAUCCCCGCGUCACAGACAGCCCUGUCCCCAUUGAAGAGUCACAAUCCCCGCGUCACACACAGCCCUGUCCCCAUUGA